AUGGAUCAACUGAUCAUCUUGCAAUCCAAUCACCACCAACAGCAACAACCACCGAUCAAAGUAAUCUUGUCGAAUCUGCUCCUUCUAACAGACCGAAUCUGUCACACUGCUGUCGACGAGUCAAAGUUCUACAAACUCGAGUGCGCCUAUGUGGGUAAACAAGUUCAUCGUUUAACUCGAAUGUUGCGCUUUUUCAGCCAUUUUGUCGAUUCAACUUCUUUAUACGAACGUCCAGUACGCGGUAUCUUCACAAACGUUGGGAUCAACCUAAACCAUGCACUAACUUUAGUCCACAAAUGUAGACACCGCGGUAUCAUUCUUCGUCUCAUUAGCAUUGCUGGUGUUUUGGAUUUUCGGAAAGUAUUUAACCUCCUCGACGUAUCAAUGGAUAACAUGAAGUGGUUGCUCAGCGUAUAUGCCUCCGCGAACCAAGGUAUUAUUCUCACUUUACCACCAAUAGCGAGUAACGACACGAGUUUAGCUUUGGUUUGGUCAUGCAUAGCUUCGCUUCACACACAUUCAUUAAAUUUGAAAAUAGAAGCCGCACUAGAAUUAUCUACAUUAGCGCGCGAUAGUGACCGAAACAAGGAUAUGAUAGUAAUAGAAGGUGGGGUUGCUCCAUUGUUAAAGCUUUUAAAACAUGAAUUGUCACCCGAAACCCAAAUCGCGGGUGCCAUGGCGCUUUUUAACUUAGCCAAUGAUCGAAACAGGGUUAGAUCGAUUUUUAACGAGCAUGGUGUCCCAGUUUUAGCACAGGCUUUACGAAAUUCGUAUAUAUUGGUUCAAAUCGAGGUCGCAAAAUUGAUAGCAAGAAUGGCAGAACAUAAUGGUGUUUGUCAAGAGGCUUUUGCAAGAAAGAAUGUGAUUGAAACACUUGUUAGAUUGUUGUCGACCGAAGGUAAGAUCAACAAGCUCUUGAGGUCAAAUUCGGCUAACAAGAUAGCUUUAUCGUCCUCUAUCUGGCCGAGACACAAGAAAGAGGGCAAACUACUAGAGGUAUCGCGGUUGAUAGUCGAGUUUAAUACUAAUUGUUGUAGAGCACUAUGGAUGCUUGCUAGAGACAAUGUUGCUAAUUGUAGGAAGAUAACGGAGACGACGAAAGGGUUACUUUGUUUUGCGAAGCUUAUCGAAAACGAAAAGGGGGAAUUGCGGAUUAAUUGUUUGAUGACGGUUAUGGAAAUCACAUCUGCAGCUGAAAACAAUCCUGACAUUAGAAAAUCAGCAUUCAAGAAUAAUUCACCAGCUGCAAAAGCUAUAACUGAUCAGCUUCUUAGACUGAUUGAUGAAUCAGAUAACGCUGUAAUCAAGAUUGUAGCCAUCAGGGCGAUCGGUCAUCUGGCUCGAACAUUCCCUGCCAGACAGACUAGGGUCAUUAGUCCUUUGGCCAAACAACUUUGUGACAUGGAUCCAGAUGUGGCCACUGAAUCGGUUAUCGCUCUUGGGAAGUUUACUUGUCCGGAGAAUUAUUUACGCGCAGAGCACGCAAAGAGUAUAGUUGAAUUUGAAGGAGUUCAACGGGCGUUGAACAUGUUGAGGAGGGGGAAUGAUGAGAAGACUCAGUAUCAUGCUUUGGUUCUUUUAUGUUAUCUUGCAAUGCAUGCUGUAAAUAAUGAGCAACUUCAACAAGCAAGAAUUUUAACUGCUUUAAGAGGUGCAGGUAAAACUAUUGCUCAUAAGUGUUCUGAAUUGAGAGAUUUGGUUGCACAGGCGGUUCAUCAUCUCAAAUUGUCAGAGGGAUUAAACCCUCGCCACUUAGAAAGUUAUGCUAACAUGUAUUUCAUCUUGGAAUAUGUUAAUAAGGUUCUUAAGAUCAUCUAUGGCAAAAAAAUACACGGAUUAACAGAUGAUAGAGUUAAGCAUAUGUUAGACGAAGAGGCGUUGAAGCAAUAG